CGAACGUUUUGGAUACGAUUUUGGACGUCUGCAACAAUUUCGUUGCAUAAAAUCAGUGUUAAUCCGGAUAAACAUAUAUGCGACUUUGGUAAAUAAUAUUUAAACAUUUUUCAGACCAAAUUAAUUGCGAAUUAUGUCCUAUUAUACGCGCAAGGAGAUCGAUGAAUUGCAUACAGACAUCGCAACAUUGGCGAAGGGCGUUGUUGUUGGUGGCGAGGAGGACCGCGUUAUUAGUACAAUUGAACACUGUUUACACAAUGGAUACGACCGUCGACGUAUUGCGGAAAAGUUGGAAAAGAUUUUGGACGCAAAACAGAGCUCUAGGUUAGCAGAUAAAUUGCAAGACAAAUUAGAUGAAUAUCGGCGAAAGGGUAAAAAACGUAGUGGUAGCGAUGAAACGAACACAGAAAUGCCGAAAAAGACUCGUUUUGAUAUGAAAGAUAAGAGUAGUAAUGCUUCUGGAGCUCCCGUAAUAACACCUUUGGUUGCAGCAUCAGUGGCUGCAGCGAAUAUAAAUGCUGUCACCGCCGCUUCGGCAGGAGUAUCUACGAUUGGUCUAAAUUCAACACAAAUCAAAUUAAUGAUGGUUAAUGCUCAACGAGAAAUUGAAGAAAGAAAGCGUGCCCUUAGUAAUCUAAAAGCUAAAGAUCCUAUUCUCGCGGCUGUUCCGCAGAUAGGUAUGCCAGUUGCUCUUGCUACACAAGCUCUGGCAAAGAAAACUGUACCCGAAGAUGCCGAAAAAGCCAAGAAGAUAGCAGAACUGCAGGCACAAAUUCGUGCAAAAUUGUCUAAUCUAAUUCAACCACCACUAGUGCAAGAUAGACCGAAACCUUUAAUUUUAGACGAAGACGGACGUACAAUUGAUAAAAGUGGCCGAACCGUUAACAUACCGACUCUUACACCAACUUUAAAGGCUAAUAUUCGUGCAAAGAAACGAGAGGUAUUUAAUAAGAGUCAAGUGCAAACAGAUCGCCAUGCACAGCAAGAGGAAUCCGUGAAGUUCUUCGAUGAUCGUAUUGCGCUGAAACCUACUAUACGGACCAAGCGUUCAUUGCGCUUCCAUGAACCAGGAAAAUUUCAGCAACUGGCGGAGCGGAUGCGUAUGAAGACACAGUUGGAAAGAUUACAAAAUGAAAUUUCGCAAAUUGCUCGGAAAACUGGUAUCAGUUCUGCAACAAAAUUGGCGCUUAUCGCACCUAAGCAAGAUACACCAGAUGAUGUGCCAGCAAUGGAAUGGUGGGAUUCGGUGAUACUCACGCAAGACUUAAAUACUUUAGAUGAAGGGGGAAAGAUUAGCAUUCGGCAAGCAGCAAUUACCAACCUUAUUGAGCACCCAACACAAAUGAAACCACCAAAUGAACCAUUAAAGCCAGUUUAUUUACCAGUUUUUCUUACUAAGAAGGAGCGCAAAAAGCUUCGUCGUCAAAAUCGUCGAGAAGCAUGGAAAGAGGAGCAGGAAAAAAUUCGUUUGGGUCUUGUAGCCCCGCCUGAACCAAAGCUUCGUAUUUCGAAUUUGAUGAGAGUCCUAGGUACCGAGGCUGUACAAGACCCGACUAAAAUUGAGGCUCAUGUACGUGAACAGAUGGCCAAACGACAAAAGGCACAUGAAGAUGCCAACAACGCACGAAAAUUAACGGCUGAACAAAAGAGUGAAAAGAAAAUUCGCAAAAUCAAAGAAGAUACUUCAUGUGGAGUCCAUGUUAGUGUUUAUCGUAUUCGUGAUUUGCAAGACAAUGCCAGCAAAAAAUUCAAGGUGGAAACGAAUGCCAAACAGUUGCAUAUGACCGGCACGGUAGUGCUUUUUCGCGAUUGCUGCGUUGUUGUAGUAGAAGGUGGGCCGAAGCAGCAGAAAAAGUACCGUAGACUAAUGCAACACCGCAUAAAGUGGGAGGAGGAUUUGGUAAAAGGACCCGACGGUCAAGAAAUACCCAAUUCUUGUGUAUUAGUUUGGGAAGGUACUAGUCAACGGCGGCACUUUGGAGAAUUAAAAUUCAAGGUCUUUCCUAUGGAAAAAAUGGCGCGCGAAUUCUUCCAGAAGCAUCAAGUUGAACAUUAUUGGGAUUUGGCAUAUUCUGGUGCUGUUUUGGAGGCAUCUACAGAUUCCUAAAAUGUUUCGGAAUAAGGAUUUAUUGUUUAGAACAAAAUUUCGCUAUGCAAAUUUCUAUGAAUUAUUUUAGUUAAACAAUUAAAUAUUUUCGAUUACGUAAAAA